GAGGCCGGGGGAGCCGGCUCGGGCGAGGAGCGAGCGAGAUGGGGGAGCUCUUAUUUUGACAGGGGCCUCUCCGGGCUCUGGUAUGAAGGCAGAAGGAGGCAGCCAGAGAGCCCCGAUGCUUAUUCAGGCUGGGGAGAGGAGCCGAGCGGAGGGGCGAGCGAGGCUCCGGCAGCGCAGGGCGGCGCGGGGAGGCGGAGGCGCGCGGCGGAGCCAGUGGCCGGACAUGCCCCGGAGCCGGGGCCGCUGCAGCACCGCCGCCGCCCGGAGCCAGCCGGCCGGACGCCCGCACGCCUGGGUCCCCCGGCGCCGCGCCGCCUCGGGGCUGCGACCCGGACCCUCGGCGGCGGAUCAACAAUAAGCGCCCAGACAGCCCCCUCCCCGCCCCGCGGCCCCGUCCCCGCGGGCCUCGGGGAAAGUGAAAGGAGGAGGCCGAGGAAGGAAGGAAGGAAGGGAGGAGGAGGAGGAGGAGGAGGAGGAGGAGGAGGAGGAGCAGGAGCAGGAGCAGGAGCCGGAGCCGUGAGGUUGGGGGCCGAGACCCCCAGCCCCGAGCCCCGGGACCGGCGGGUGUGCGCGCUCUCCCGCCGCUGCCCGGCGCCCAAGACCAUGCUCGGCAGCGGGCAGGCAGGAACCCAGGCGCUCGGCGACCCCCGGAGACCCUCUCCCAGGCCCGGCUCCUAUUGAGAUCAAGGCGUCCAGGAUCAAAAGAUCACCGCCAGCCCGCCCCUCCCGCUGUACCUCCAACGGCGAGCAGGAGGACCCCCAUCGCCCACCGACCCUGACCUGGUCAUGGCGUCCAGCUCCGGCCUGGCGUGAGGAAGCCCCCGACCUGAGCGAGUCCGUGCUCCCGUACCGAGUACCCGGCCGGGCCCUGGGCACGCACAGGGCUGCGCCCCACUGUGUGUGGGAACCAUGCGGAUCCUGGCUAACAAGACAAGGUUACCCCACCCCCGGAGGAGAGACGCUCCAGGGAGCCCGCCGCUCUCCCCCCGCGGCCACUGCCCCCCUGCCCCAGCCAAGCCAAUGCACCCAGAAAAUAAGUUGACCAAUCAUGUCAAGACAGGGAAUGGCGGGGCCCAAUCCCAGCACCAGAAUGUGAACCCAGGACCCACCUGCAGCCUGGGCCCGAAGGGCGUGGGGGCGGGGGGCCACGGGGCCAAGGCCAACCAGAUCUCACCCAGCAACGCAAGUCUGAAGAACCCCCAGGCAGGGGUGCCCCCUUUCAGCUCGCUCAAGGGCAAAGUGAAGCGGGAACGGAGCGUGUCUGUGGACUCCGGAGAGCAGCGAGAGGCUGGGACCCCGUCCCUGGACACGGAGGCCAAAGAGGGGGCGCCCCGGAGCAAGCGGCGCUGCGUGCUGGAACGGAAGCAGCCCUACAGCGGGGACGAAUGGUGCUCAGGACCGGACAGCGAGGAGGACGACAAGCCCAUCGGGGCCACCCACAAUUGUAAUGUAGCCGAUCCCGCCAUGGUGACCCCACAGCUGGGUCCCGGCCAAGCCGCCCAGUUGCCCCUCAGUGAGAGCAGUGCACCCGGCCCCCCGCAUGGGCCGCCCCCAGGCCUUCGACCCGAUGCCCCCAGUGGCGGGGGCGGGGGGGUCCCCGGAAAGCCCCCUUCCCAGUUCAUGUAUGUCUUCACCACGCAUCUGGCCAACACGGCGGCGGAGGCAGUGUUGCAGGGCCGGGCCGACUCCAUCCUCGCCUACCACCAGCAAAACGUGCCGAGGGCCAAGCUCGACCAGGCGCCCAAAGUGCCACCCACCCCGGAGCCGCUGCCCGCGGGCACCCCACAGUCCCAGCCUCCUCCACUGCCGCCACCGCCGGCCCCGGGCAGUGCCCCACCGGUCCUGCCCUCCGAGGGGCCCCCUGAAGACACCAACCAGGACCUGACCCCCAACUCAGUGGGGGCCACCAGCACAGGGGGUGGAGCAGGGGGCACCCACCCAAACACCCCGACCGCUCCCACCACCAACAACCCCUUGGCCCCCGGAGGAGACCCGAGCAGUGCCCCGGGGCCUGCCCUGCUGGGGGAGGCGGCACCCCCCGGGGCUGGGCCUCGGGGCCUGGCGGGCUCCGAGGGCCUGUCCAAGGAGCAGCUGGAACACCGGGAGCGCUCGCUGCAGACCCUGCGGGACAUCGAGCGGCUGUUGCUCCGCAGUGGGGAGGCAGAGCCCUUCCUCAAGGGGCCCCCCGGCAGCGCCGGGGAUGUGGGACCCCCAGCACAGGGCCCGCAGCAGCCACCCGCAGCUCCGCCUGGGGGGCUGAAGAAGUAUGAGGAGCCCUUGCAGUCCAUGAUCUCGCAGACGCAGAGCCUGGGGGGGCCUCCGCUGGAGCACGAGGUGCCGGGGCACCCCCCGGGCGGGGACAUGGGCCCACAGAUGAACAUGAUGAUGCAGCGGCUGGGGCAGGACAGCCUGACGCCCGAGCAGGUGGCCUGGCGCAAGCUGCAGGAGGAGUACUACGAGGAGAAGCGGCGCAAGGAGGAACAGAUGGGGCUGCACGGGGCCCGGCCGCUGCAGGACAUGGUGGGCCUGGGGGGCAUGAUGGUGCGGGGGCCCCCGCCGCCCUACCACAGCAAGCCUGGGGAGCAGUGGCCGCCCGGUAUGGGGGCCCAGCUGCGGGGCCCCAUGGACGUCCAGGACCCCAUGCAGCUCCGCGGUGGACCCCCCUUCCCCGGCCCUCGUUUCCCAGGCAACCAGAUGCAGCGGGUCCCGGGCUUCGGAGGAAUGCAGGGGAUGCCCAUGGACGUGCCCAUGAAUGCCAUGCAGAGGCCCGUGAGGCCGGGCAUGGGCUGGACCGAAGACUUGCCCCCCAUGGGCGGACCCAGCAACUUUGUGCAGAACACCGUGCCCUACCCGGCUGGGCAGAGCGAUGCUGAGCGCUUCCUGACCCCGCGGGUGCGGGAGGAGCUGCUCCGGCACCCCCUGCUGGAGAAGCGGCAGAUGGGGGUGCAGCGCCCUCUGGGCAUGGGCGGCGGGGGCAUGGGCCAGGGCCUGGACAUGGAGCGCGUGCUGCAGGCACACAGACAGAUGGAGCCCGCCAUGUUCCCGGGGCAGAUGGCCGGCGGCGAGGGUCUGGGCGGCACCCCCAUGGGCAUGGAGUUUGGGGGUGGCCGAGGCCUCCUGAGCCCCCCCAUCGGGCAGGCGGGUCUGCGGGACGUGGACCCGCCCCUGGGGCCCGGCAACCUGAACAUGAACAUGAACGUGAACAUGAACAUGAACAUGAACCUGAACGUGCAGAUGCCGCCCCAGCAGCAGAUGCUGAUGGCGCCGAAGAUGCGGGGCCCCGGCGACAUGCUGGGGCCACAGGGCCUGAGCCCCGAAGACAUGGCCCGGGCGCGCGCCCAGAAGAUGCUCGUGCCCGCGCAGUUCCCCCCGCAGGGCCAGCAAGGCUUCUCGGGGGGCCAAGCCUCCUACCCGACCAUGCCGCAGGACCUGGGCAACGCCCAAGAGAUGUUUAGCCCUGACCAAGGCACCAUGCCCCUGGGCGGUGUGGGUACCGCCCGGCUCAGCCACAUGCCCUUGCCCCCAGCGUCCAACGCUGCCCCCGGCGCUGUGCACCCAGCGCCCAACCGGGGUCUGGGCCGGCGGCCAUCUGACCUCACCAUCAGUAUUAAUCAGCUGGGCUCGCCGGGCAUGGGGCACCUGAAGUCGCCCACCCUCAGCCAGGUGCACUCGCCCCUGGUCACCUCGCCCUCCGCCAACCUCAAGUCACCCCAGACCCCCUCUCAGAUGAUGCCCUUGCCUUCGGCAAACCCGCCGGGACCCCUCAAGUCGCCCCAGGUGCUCAGCACCUCCCUCAGCGCCCGCUCCCCCACCGGCUCGCCCAGCACCCUCAAGUCCCCCUCCAUGGCGGUACCUUCCCCAGGCUGGGUGGCCUCGCCCAAGACGGCCAUGCCCAGCCCCGGGGUUCCCCAGAACAAGCAGCCGCCUCUCAACAUGAACUCUUCCACCUCCCUGGGCAACAUGGAGCAGGGUGCUCUUCCACCCAGUGGUCCCCGGAGCAGCUCCUCCGCGCCUCCUGCCAACCCCGCCGGCGGCCUCAUGAACCCCAGCCUGCCCUUCACGUCCUCCCCGGACCCCGCGCCUUCCCAGAACCCCCUGUCGCUGAUGAUGUCCCAGAUGUCCAAGUAUGCCAUGCCCAGCUCCACCCCGCUCUACCACAAUGCCAUCAAGACCAUCGCCACCUCAGACGACGAGCUGCUGCCUGACCGGACCCUGCUGCCCCCCCCACCGCCACCGCAGGGCUCGGGGCCAGGGAUCAGCGGCAGUCAGCCCAACCAGAUGCACCUGAACUCGGCCGCCGCGCAGAGCCCCAUGGGCAUGUCCCUGCCUGGCCAGCAGCCCCUGUCCCACGAGCCCCCGCCCACCAUGCUGCCCUCCCCCACGCCCUUGGGCUCCAGCAUUCCACUGCACCCCAACGCACAGGGGAGCGGAGGGCCCCCUCAGAACUCCAUGAUGAUGGCUCCGGGGGGCCCAGACGCCCUGAACGCCCCCUGUGGCCCCGUGCCCAGCUCCUCCCAGAUGGUGCCCUUCCCCCCACGGCUGCAGCCCCCGCACGGUGCCAUGGCCCCCAGCGGGGGCGGGGGCGGGGCCCCCGGCCUGCAGCAGCACUACCCUGCAGGCCUCCCGCUGCCCCCCGAGGACCUGCCCAGCCAGCCACCGGGCCCGCUGCCCCCGCAGCCUCACCUGAUGGGCAAAGGCAUGGCGGGCCGCAUGGGGGACACGUACCCCUCAGGUGUGCUUCCGGGCGUGGCCUCGGUGCUCAACGACCCUGAGCUGAGUGAGGUGAUCCGGCCCACCCCGACCGGCAUCCCCGAGUUCGACCUGUCGAGGAUCAUCCCCUCGGAGAAGCCCAGCAGCACCCUCCAGUACUUCCCCAAGAGCGAGAACCAGCCCCCCAAGGCCCAGCCCCCCAAUUUGCACCUCAUGAACCUGCAGAACAUGAUGGCGGAGCAGACGCCCUCACGGCCCCCCAACCUUCCGGGCCAGCAGGGCGUCCAGCGGGGGCUCAGCAUGUCCAUGUGCCACCCCGGACAGAUGUCUUUGCUGGGUAGGACAGGCGUGCCCCCACAGCAGGGCCUGGUACCCCACGGCCUGCACCAGGGCGUCAUGCCCCCUCCCCAAGGCCUCAUGACCCAGCAGAAUUUCAUGCUGAUGAAGCAGCGGGGCGUGGGGGGCGAGGUCUACAGCCAGCCCCCCCACAUGCUGUCUCCGCAGGGCUCGCUCAUGGGCCCCCCGCCCCAGCAGAACCUCAUGGUGUCCCACCCGCUGCGGCAGCGCAGCGUGUCCGUGGACAGCCAGAUGGGCUACCUCCCGGCGCCGGGCGGCAUGGCCAACCUGCCCUUCUAGCAACCGGGCUGGGGCGGGGCGGGGGAGGCGGCGGCCGAGGGCCUUGGCCGGGAGUGGCUGUUGGUGGAAACCAGAUGUGCUGGCAGCGGACGGGGUGGGGUGGCUGAGGGGGGUGUGGGAUGUGGAGAGUGGGUUUUGUGUCGGCCAGCAGGACUGCCCCCCACCCCGCCCCUACCCUGUUCCUCCAAGUCCCUGGAGUCUCUUCCGCUCUUUCCCUCUUUCUCGGGGCAUCCCGCGGCCCCAGGUCAGGGGGUGCCCUCUGUCCCUCUCCCCUCUGGUCCCCACUCCUCGCUGGUUUUACUUUCCUUUCCUCAGCUUCUCUACUCACCCCCCCUUCUGCAUCCCUCCUCCCCCACCCCCUCAUUGUCUUCUUGUCUUUCCCCACCUCAUCUCUCCCUGCAGAUGUGGCUGACCCCUCCCACCCCUCCCCAGGGCGGCUGGCCAGGUGGGCAUACGGGCUGGCCGCAGCUGUAAAUAGAGCUGCACUUUUGUGCCUGUGUGUGUGUGCUGGUGUGCGUGCGCGCGCGUGUGUGCUGUUUCUGUGUUUUGAUAGAAGUCACACACACACACAAAGGAUAGAAGAAAUCUGUGCCCCUUCCCCUCCGCCCGAUUGAAGAGAUUGCCUCUCUCACCCCUACCUGCCCUCUCUCCUGCACCCCUGCCCCUGUGUGCAGUCCCCAGCAUCCCUCAGGGAUGCACAUUUCAUGGUGAAAUGAACCCGGCACCCCGGCCCGAGUUGAGGGUAGAACAUCCAGGCCUCCGGCUGGAGAGCCCAGGUGGGGGUGAGGGGAGGCAGACUCCUCCCACCCUGGCAUCCUGUGAUGCUGAGAGUGGGGGUGUAGGGCACCCCAGCUGGUGGUCCCCUGCCACUGUGACUGAGCUGGAGCUUGAAGUCCCGGGGUUCCAUGCAGGAUGGAGGGAAGAGGCAGGAUCCCUCCCCACUGGCCGGGGCCCCUGAGAGCCAGGGCCCUGCCCGCCAAGGCCACCGCUGCCUCCUGGUCCAAAAGGAAGGAGGGGUUGGCUGAGGCUGCUGGGCCCCUGUGACCGGCUCCCUCUGGCCAUUUGUCCAGCAGAGCCGGUCUGCUCCCCACUGCCCUCCUGCCUCUGGUGGACUGAAGCCAUACUCGGGCCCCAGGAGUCAAGCACUUCUUUCCUCACUUCCUCUCCUGCCCCGUGAGGUGGCAGCUCCCUCUGUCCCGGGGCCAUUUCGAGACCUUCUCGAGGUGUCUCAGGGCCUGCUCGCCCCCUGGCAGCUGAUUCAAAGGGACUCCCCACUUCUCCCUCUGGUGCUGUCCUCGGCCCACUGGGGCUACCUGCAGGCUCCCGCCACCCCCCAGCCCCUCCAGGGUUCAGGGCCCGGCCUCCGGGCUCGGGUUUCCUGCCAGGCGCUUUGCCCACACUGCUCCACCUGGACCCCUCGUCCCUGAGCGCCCUCCACCCCCCAUCCCCAGCCUGAUGUCACGUCUCCUGCCCAGAGGAGAGAGGGGUCAGAUGGCAAAGGGCCCACCGCCCGCCACUCCUGCCACCAGACUAGCUUUCCAAGGUGAGCGCCACGACCAGCCGCCCGUUCGUCACCCGUGGCCACACCCCCGGCCAUUUUGUACCAUUAUAUAAAUAUAUAUAUAAAUAUAAAUAUAUAAAUACAAUAUGUGAAGACAUCUUCUUGGUUUUUAUUUUGAGACGAUUUUUAGGCUUGUUCCGGGGGUUCUGUGCUGCCUGUACUGUAUUGACCUGUUUUAUAGGUGCCUUUUUAUUAAAAAGAGAAAAUGAAAAAUCUGA